AUGGCCCUCUUCCGCCCGGAAGCAGAUCUCGAGACCUUCAACGCUGAUCAAGAGCGAGUGCGGACAUAUGUUGCGGAAGCACCGCCCGGGUUGGCUGCCACACGGUAUGCGAUCGUCAGGGACUUCAUCCUCAACAAGGUGAUGACUGUUGUCUUUGCACCGUUGCGAAGGCGCAGGCAGUCCUUCCCAAGGAUCGGAAGCGAUGAGUUCAACGGCUUGUUGCAAUGGGCUCGCGAUCCAAGUGCGCCCUGGCUCAAAGUGCUUGAUGUUUCGCACACCACCACCCACAGCUUGGUGGAAAGCGCGGUGGGAGCGAUUGCACUGGCAAUGGUUGCAGGCAAGACCUUGAUCCUUGGAGCUGGGGACUCGCGUGUCGUCUACACCAAGAUGGCCGAUGAGGGUUUGAGGAAGGCGGUGUCCGAGCAAGCAGCAGUGAAAGGUUUGCCACACCAAUCCGUUGACCCUGCGUACCAUGCAGCUAUCGCUGAGGCUGUUGAAGCGACCGCCCGAUCUGAAGAGAACUUGUUGGCCACAGGCCACUUUCGCAAGCUUGACCUCGAAAGCAUCCGCAGUCGCGGCUUCGAUGAAGUGAAUGCAGGAAGGCCCUUUACAUCUUCACACCCCGUUGUGGCUCCGGUCAUGCAGGCGCUGAAGGACUUCGAUCACUUGGCGGCAGAGUUGGUCGUGUGCGAGGAUUACACGGUCCCGCUUGAUGACAGGGUUGAGUUGAAAGGAGUUCAAGCCAUAGAACGGCUGGUCGUGAACCUGGAGAAGUAUGUCACUGCUGUGGAGAAGGAGUUCUUAGCAAAGAAGGAUCUUCUUUCAGCUGAGAGGUGUGCAACCAAAGCACUCAUCAGGGGUAUGAUCGGCCUUCCAUACGAGGCGUCUCUCGACCAGCCUGCAGAAGCGCACUCUGGAGCACUAGUGGAUGUGCUCGUCGAGCAAUCUUUCCACGCCUUAACGGUGUUGGCUGGCGAUUUCGCGCAACUAAAACAGGUUGCAUCGGGCACCGAGCUCCGCAUCUCAAGCACGUUCGUCUCAGCCCACUUCGGUUGGGCCGCUGACCAUGUCCCUGCUUGCGCCGAAGCUCUUCGCAAAGCAACAUCGGCGGAUGCCACAGAUGGUGAUGUGGCCAAUUAG